CUGUGCAGAGCGCGCGGGACCAAACCGAGCAAAGGCACGGGAACAGCGGCUCGUGCACUCACUAACUACACGAAUAACAUUGCAAUUCACUGGUUUACGGGGAGAAUUAACGUGACCUGACAUUUGCAAGCGGACUUUGAGUGAGGGGAGAUGAGCCUGAGGUAGCAGAGUCUGAGGAUGUGUGACUCAGAGGAGGACAUGUACCAGGAGCAGAGGAGCGCAGACGUCCUUCAGAUCAGUGAUGAAGAACACCACAGUGAUGAGGAGCAAUACAGCGACGAAGAGGAGGCAUAUUACCAGUCCCACCACAGCGCCCCCUUCAGCUCGGAGAAUGAGGCGCAGGGAGGGGACCCGGGGGGAUGGCAGUGCACUCCUCCGCAGUCGUCCUCUCCGUCUCAGCCCCUCCCCUCCAGAGACCACGCCCACAGCCAGAGCCCGUCGCCCACGCGCAGCAUCGGCAAGAAGAGGAGCUCCAAACCGCAACACAUGAGGCGGAACAUCAGAAAGCUGCUUCGCGAUCACCAGUUGGAGGUGACGACCAAAGCGGCUCAGCAGGAGGAGCUAGAGAGGCGGAGGCGUCUGGAGCAGCAAAGAAAACAGGAUUAUCCCCUACCACUGCUACCUGAGUACACUACAGCUGAUGUAACAAACCACGUGAAGCCAUCCUCCGUAUCCACAACAGCAGCCUCUCAACAGGAAGUGCAGGUCCGUAGACAGGAGGUGGCCUGCCUGGACUCCAGCAGCACAGGGAUCAGAGAAGAAGACUGCAAACCUGAAGCACUCGGCUCACACAAAACUGCAGCGCUCGAUGAAGACUCUGCAGUCCCCAGCUCCAGACAGAGCCCCGCAGAGGAGGGCGACUCUGAGCCGAGCGGAGCCCACGUGAACGACGCUCUGAACCUGCCCGACGCUCAGGGGAGAGUCCUGGUCAACACCAACCACCCACAGACCGACCCGGACAUUUACCUGUCUCCACAACUCGCACGGGCCGUCAAACCACACCAGAUUGGAGGAAUCCGUUUCCUCUACGAUAACCUGGUGGAGUCUCUGGAGCGGUUCAGCACUAGUCCAGGGUUUGGCUGUAUUCUGGCUCACAGUAUGGGCCUGGGAAAGACUCUGCAGGUCAUCUCGUUCAUCGACGUGCUCUUCAGACACACCAAGGCCCACACUGUGCUCGCCAUCGUACCGGUGAACACUCUGCAAAACUGGCUUCAUGAGUUCAACACGUGGGUCCCGGCGGCGGAAAGUCUGCCCCCCGACGUGGACCACAAACUCAUCACUCCCCGGGCUUUCAGAGUCCAUAUACUCAACGACGAACACAAGAACACCACGAGCCGAGCGAAGGUGGUGGAGGACUGGUACAGCGACGGCGGCGUGUUACUGAUGGGGUAUGAGAUGUACCGUCUGCUCUCCCUCAAGAAGAGCUUUGUGGCCGGACGCAAGAAGAAGAACAAGAAGAACCCGACCAGCUCCUCCGGGUCCGCGGUCGACGUGGACGAGGAGGACAGACAACAAGAGCUGCUCAAAGGUAUAGAGAAGGCUCUCGCUCGCCCCGGUCCUGAUGUGGUGAUCUGCGACGAGGGCCACCGCAUCAAGAACUGCCACGCCAGCACCUCCCAGGCCCUGAAGAACAUCCGCACCCGCCGGAGAGUGGUCCUGACCGGGUACCCCCUCCAGAACAACCUCAUCGAGUACUGGUGCAUGGUGGACUUUGUACGACCAGACUUUCUAGGUACGCGUCAGGAGUUCAGUAACAUGUUCGAGAGGCCCAUUCUGAACGGACAGUGUGUGGACAGCACGCCUCAGGACCUCCAGCUCAUGAGGUACAGGAGCCACGUGCUGCACAGUCUCCUGGAGGGAUUCGUCCAGCGACGGGGUCAUGACGUCCUGAAAGAGCAGCUCCCGUCUAAGGAGGAGCACGUGAUCCUGGUGCGCCUGUCUCCCCUGCAGAGGGCGCUCUACACUGAGUUCAUGAACAGAUUCCGAGAGGCGGGGAACACAGGCUGGCUCAGUCUGAACCCUCUCAAAGCCUUCUGUGUGUGCUGCAAGAUUUGGAACCACCCAGACGUGCUGUACGAGGCUCUGCAGAAGGAAAACCUGGCCAGCGAGCAGGACCUGGACCUGGACGACAUCACUUCCUCCCGUUGCCACACCACGGCCAAUCAGAAGCCCAAACCGCUGGAGACGCCAAACCCCAUUGGUGGACUGAGUCUGAGCCAGAUGCAGGAGAAGGCCAAUCAGGUCAUCACUUACGAAUGGGCGAAAGAAAUUAUGAAUGACUAUAAACCCGGCGUCCUGGAGAAUUCUGCUAAAAUGGUUUUGCUGUUUCAUAUGAUCGAGGAGAGCGUGAGAAAGGGAGACAAGCUGCUGGUUUUCAGUCAGAGUCUGUCCACACUGACUGUCAUUGAGGAGUUUCUGGCAAAGCGCCCGGUUCCUCCUUCACCAAACUCCAACAAAGACAAAUCAAACCAGAACUGGGUCCGAAACCUCAACUACUACAGACUGGAUGGUAGCACGACAGCCUCAGAGAGAGAGCGUCUCAUAAACCAGUUCAAUGACCCCGCAAACACGUCUGCCUGGGUCUUCCUCCUCUCCACCAGAGCUGGUUGCUUGGGGGUGAACCUGAUCGGGGCGAAUCGCGUGGUGGUUUUCGACGCCUCCUGGAACCCGUGCCACGACGCCCAGGCCGUGUGCAGAGUUUACCGCUACGGCCAGAAGAAGCACUGCCACAUCUACAGACUGGUGUGCGACUUCACCCUGGAGAAGAAGAUCUACGACCGGCAGAUCUCCAAGCAGGGCAUGUCUGAUCGUGUCGUUGACGAUCUCAACCCGGUCUUGACCUUCACUCGGAGGGAGGUGGAGUCUCUGCUUCACUUUGUGGAAGAAGAACCGGACCCCAAAGAAGUCAAGCUGCGGCCCAAUGACCACCUGGAGUCUGUCCUCAAGAGGGCGCUGUGUCUCUACCCACACCUCAUCACCAAGCAACCGUUCGCUCACGAGUCUUUGCUGAUGGACCGGCGUGAGAUGAAGCUGAGCUCUGCAGAGAAGAAGGAGGCGAAGAAAGGCUACGAGGAAGAGAAACGUGCCUCUGUCCCGUACACCAGGCCCUCGUACGCUCACUACUACCCCGCCAGUGACCAGAGUCUCACCAACAUACCCGCCUUCAGCCAGAGGAACUGGCGGCCUCCUGCUCGUGUUGAGGACAAACCUAUGGCCAGCGUGCGUCCGGUUAAGUCAACUACAGAUCCCACGAUGCCUCGCCAGGCCACAGCCGCCGCCCCCAACUCAGACUCCGCCUCCUCUGACUCCAAACUAGGAGGGUUUCCUGUCAACUGUCUGCAGAAGGCCGGGGUGGUUGUGCAGAAGAUCGUCACAACGACUGACAUGGUGAUUCCAGGCACCAACAGCUCUGCAGAUGUUCAGGCCCGAAUCACAGCUGGAGAAAGUAUCCACAUCAUCAGGGGAACCAAAGGGACUUACAUUCGGACCUCAGAUGGGAGAAUCUUUGCCAUAAGAGCAGCAAACAAAGCAAAAGCGCUGGAGGAAAACACAACAGCGCCAUCCAAAGACUCCCAGCCUAAACCUCAAGACCUCUCCUCCACCGGGAGCAACGGCUGCGUGUCGCCCGACAGGAAGUUACCGUCUUUGCCCCGCCCCAUCUCUCCGGACAGCCCCGAGAUCAUCGACGAGCUCCAGCGCUACACCCGAACCUCCGAACAGAAACCUCAGCCUCCUCAGCUCAACGGCACCGCCCUCCCCAACAUGGCCGACGUUACUUUCGCCUCCGCCUCUUCUGCCGCUCCCCAAGAUCUGCGCAUCGGCUCCAAACGCAAAUCCUCCUCGCCCGUGUCCGAGGAACAACGCCCCAGCAAGCAGCCGAGCCUGGGCCAGCCUCACUCCUCCGCCACCGCCGCGCUGGCGUCGCAGAGCUACCCGUUCAACAGCGCGUACUCCCUCCCGCACAUCGCCUUGAAUCCCGCCGCUCUCAGCCGCUCGCUUUACAUGAAUUCCCCGUAUUUCCAAGCGUCUCAGCUGGGCGAAUCCGGAUACAUGUACCCGGAUAUUUCCACGACAACACCUACCACGUCCGUUUCGACUUCGUUUUCCUCCGUGAAACCCAAUUCGAGCGGCAUUCCUCCCUACAUGCUAAACCCGAACGUGGCGAGCCUCUCCGGGAUGCUGCCUCCGGGUUUCCCCAUGGCGUACACGCAGUCCUUGGCUAAUCUUUACUCCAAAUCGAUGCUCAACGGAGAUUUGCUCGGCCCGGCUGCCACGCCCGGUCCUGCCGGCGCCAGCUUUCUCUCCAAGUUCCCGACCAGCGCCGAGUCAAACAAGCGCGGGUCCGUGCUCGUCAACGGCGCCAACAUCAGCAGCGCCAGCAGCUCGGACAACGACGACGACGUGAUUGAAGUGAAAGAAAAUUAACGGACUGGACACGUUUGCUUGAAUGUUUGCUUGAUUUAUUCACCGGGGUACAUCCUGGCUGCGUCGCCGGGCCACUAGGGAAGCUAAAAAUGCUACUUGCUGUGCUGAAACGGCUAAUUUAUAGUGACAAGUUGAGUUUCCGAGCUUGUUUUUUUUUUUGGGACUGUGAGCUUCCGCUUCGAAAUCACUGGACUCUUUGGAAACUGCUGAGUGGGUUGAGCCUGCAGUGACCCCGUCUGGCCACUAGUUGUACUGCAUAGAAGCGCGUAGUUUCUGCUUUGCUAAAGACUUUUUCCGCUUACAGACUUGGCAUUAGCUGGUAGCAACAUCUUGUUCUAAAUAUUGUUUCGUCAGUCGUUGAUUCUUGCUACUGAGAAAACAUUUUGAACGGAUUGAAAAUAUUCACUGCCAGGACAUGGGUAUUGUAUGACCUCGGAAAAAAACAAACAAACAAAAAAAAAAUGGGAUAAUUUUUGAGGCUUCGUUUUAAAACAGUCGCAGAAAAACCUUAAACUUUAGCAACGAGAAUGUAACGCUAAAUGCCUUUAAACCAGGCCUUGUGUGGAAUCUUGGGCCUCUUUCAGACCAUUGAAAUCUGUCUUUCUCUUAAAAUUUCAGAUUGUCCCAUGUAAUUGUGUAAUAUUCAACCUUGUGGCAUCGAUUGAUUUUGAUUUUCUUCUUCCAAAGUCAAAAAUUUAAGGCGCUGUACCUGAUUUUUACUGUCUUAAAAAAAAAAAAAAGGUAAUUUUUAAAGGUUUGCAGUGGUCCAAAGUUAACUUUUACUUGCCUUUUGCAUUCCGAGCAUCCUGGUUACUGACCGUGAGCGCUUUUCACAACUUUCAGAGACCAGAGUUUAGACGUGACAGUACAACUAGCAUGCUAAUGUGCACUUCUUGACUAUCGGACAGCACGCAGCAGACUUAUUUUGACCACAACUGCUGCUUUUACGAUUUAUCUGUACUGGAGUUUUGCUCAAAUACAACGGGAACAGGGCCUUUUUUCAGAUAAAGUGAUAAAAACGUGAUUCUCAGAUUGAAUAUUAAUUUGAUCUAAACUUAUUAUACCAGAUGCCCUUCCAUUUUUUGCUUGAUAAUAAAAUAAUAAGUCAGAUUUUCAUUUUGGUCUGAGGGAGGCCGGUGUUUAGGCAGCAAAAGAAGAGAGAUCUGAUUUUUCUUUUUUUUUACAUCAAUAUUUAUGUGAGCCAAUGCCUGAAAAAGAAAAAAAAAAAUCAGGAAAUGAGGAAAAAUUACUGUUUGUAGCGGCAUUUAAUUAAGAAAACGAAACACUUUACCAACAGAAGAUGCCUUUUAACUGCCUCCAUCUCUUUUUGAAUGUGAAACGUGAGAGGAACGCAUCUCACUACUGGCAGUCUUACUGUAGCCUCGAGGAAAACCAUGCAAAACUCACUUCAAGCCUAUAUAAUGUCUGUAUUUUAAGUGGAAGGCGGUGGAGAAGGUGAUGUCCCGUAGGUUUUUAGGCUUGUGUCUUUACCGUGUUUGUAAAUGUGUUUUUUCUAUAAAGAUUCGCCGAUGGAAGUGACAAAAUGGAUUAGAAAAGUUGGAUUUGAUGGAGUUGUUUUUGGACUAAAAUCAUCAGAUAUUUUGGCAAUAUUUUAGAGUAAUAACUAGCAAUAUUAGGCAGAAACUUUAAGAUGAAUUGUAAUGCCGUUAAGUGUCCACUAGGGGGAGCAGUGUCAAAUUAAAUGUUUAAAUGUUGUUGUAAUAACCAAAACAAAAAGAGUUGAAAUACAGAUUUUUCAAACGUUUACAGUUUCAUAUACAUUUUAAAAUUGUAUUAAAGUGGAACUAAACCACUAAAUACACUUUUUUCACUGGCCUCUGCUAUUUCAAGUACUACAUGACAUCACACAUGACUGCUCUGAUAAAAGUCCAGGCGUUUCUGAUCACAAACAAACUAAAAUGUAUAUAUAUAUAUAACAUGGAAAAAGUAUCCAAAAAGACUCCAUCAAACUUACGUAAAUAUUCUUCAGAUAUUUUCAAAUCGUCUUGAGAUAAAUUUCGCUCUCCGACGUUUUUCUUUACGUGCUCGUCUCAUUUUGUGCCGUGACAUCAUCGUGAACCAAACUUAUCUUGGCUUUGUCCAAAAUCAUCGAGGUGAAAAGUGAGAAUGAGAAGCACAAAAUC